AUGUCCGCUGCUCAACACACUAAGGUUGAAAUUCUUCAAGAAGGUGACGGAAAAACCUUCCCCAAGCCAGGUGAUUUGGUUACCAUCCAUUAUGUUGGUACUUUGGAAAACGGUAAGAAGUUUGACUCUUCCCGUGAUAGAGGUAAGCCAUUCCAAUGUACCAUUGGUGUUGGUCAGGUGAUCAAGGGAUGGGAUUGGGGUAUUCCUCAAUUGUCUGUUGGAUCUACUGCUAGAUUGAACAUUGGUUACCAAGAUGGUUAUGGUGAAAGAGGUUACCCUGGUGUGAUCCCACCUCAAGCCAAUUUGGUCUUUGAUGUUGAAUUGUUGGGUGUCAACUAA